GCAAUUUUCUGCUGCUUUUCCAGCAUAAUGUCUGGAAACGGAUAAGUUAUUUUGCGUUCCCUGUUUAAAUUUCGUAUCUAAAAUACAGUAUGAAAUAUGAAUAAUUGAAUAUAAAGAUGAUGAGCAACGUUUCCGUGAAGAACUGGAAGAAAAAAAUAAUGUCAGCUCUGGAAAUUUGCAAUUUGCAAAGGCAUUUGGAAGAUGUACCCACUACCCAAGAUAACGGACGCAGUAUCAGCCCUGAAGAAAGCGCAGAAGAUGUUUCAAAAUCUGUUCGGUUGUUGGAUUGACAUCUCGCUCUUUCAUAUGGAAUUGCGAAUGAAGAGACAAUGAAGACACUUGCAGAAAAAGUGCGAAAAAUAGUAUCAUUUUUUUACGAUACAAGGUGUCCGAUUUAGAUAUAUUGGGGGUAAGAAAGAUCUCUUUGAAGUUCUGGUAGUGAUCGAGGAAAAAGACGGAUUCGAUGAAAUCUUUGAGAUCGCUAUGGAUUUUAGUGAUGAUGAAUAUGAUUCAACUCACCACAUCAGCGAUCGUGAUUGACACGGAAUGUUAAAGAAGAUAUUAUUUGAAUUCAAAGCUGCAACGGAGAUGCUGCCUCACGAUAAACAUUCAGAGAGCGUCGUUAAAUCCGGUUUCGCAGUUCCAUGGUCGCGAUCGAUAGAGUCAACGACGAACGCAUGCGCGACAAUUUCGCCGAAUGAUACGAGAUGAUGUUAGUAGUACGAGUAUAUCGCCCUAAAGUUGGAAUACCGAAAAAGUAGUCGACAACGGUAACGAUACUCGUAGUCUUCGUUUUUGUUGUGGAAGUGGAACACUAUGCCAUGCCAUGUGGAUAAAUUUAAAAGUGUACCUACUCGCAUUAUUUACAUGAUUUGAGAAUUUUCUUCUCCAAAUAAACGAAUAACUAAAUAUAAAAACGAGAAAGAAUUCCAAAAUGAACGGCGAUAACGAAAAAAAUGGAAACAAAAAUAGAAACUCCGGCACACUCCAGCCUGGAGAAGAGUUAGCAGCUUUAAAUGAGACACCCACAACUCCUUACGAUCCUCACGCUCAUCGUAAUAUUGAACAUCCUACAACAAAUACAGAAACCUUGAUUCAUAUACUGAAAGGAUGCCUGGGUACAGGUAUCUUGGCGAUGCCGGAUGCGUUCAAAAAUUCCGGAUUAAUUGUCGGCACAGUUGGAACUCUAUUGAUUGGUUAUUUGUGCACGUAUUGUUUGAUUGUUUUGGUAAGAUGUCAAUAUGAAAUAUGCAAACGUGUAAGGAAACCCAUAAUAAGUUAUCCAGAUACCAUGAAGUACGCUCUUCUACAAGGACCACCAUACUUGAGAUUUGCGGCCAAUUUAUCAGCACCCAUUGUCGAUGGAUUUUUAAUAAUUUACCAACUAGGUAUUUGCUGCGUGUAUACGGUAUUCAUCGGCGAAAGCAUUAAACAAGUAGUCGAUAGCUUGGGUUUUCAAAUGGAUACGCGAAUAUACAUGCUGAUGUGUUUACCACCGCUAGUGGCCAUCACGCUGAUACGUAAUUUGAAAUUGUUGGCUCCAUUUUCGCAAGCCGCAAAUUUCGCCAUGUUUGCCGGAUUAGGUAUCCUGUUAUAUUACAUUUUUCAAGAUUUCCAGAAAGGUCCCAAAGUAGAAGAUGUUGGACCUCCGAUGAGAUAUACCUUGUUUAUCGGCACAACGUUAUUCGCAUUGGAAGCUGUUGGUGUGGUGUUGGCGUUGGAAAAUAAUAUGAAAACUCCGAAAUCGUUCGGCGGCGUGACCGGUGUUCUGAGCCAAGGAAUGGGCUUCGUAGUAGUACUGUACGUAUUGAUGGGAUUCGUCGGCUAUUUCAAGUAUGGAAAAUGCGUUCAAGGAAGCAUAACGUUGAACAUUCCACAAGACGCACUUUUGGCGAAAAUCGUUAAAGUGAUAUUUGCGUUUGCCAUUUACAUUACGUAUGCGCUGCAGUGCUACGUUCCAGUGGAUAUCAUCUGGACUUUUUAUAUGAAAGAGCGUUUCGCCAAAAGAGAAAAUACGCUCAUGAUUCAAUAUUGUUUGCGAAUCGUCUGCGUAAUAGUAACGUUCUUGUUAGCGGUGGCGAUUCCUUACUUGAGUUUGUUCAUAUCAUUGUUCGGCGCUUUAUGUUUAUCAGCGCUGGGACUUGCUUUUCCGGCUUUAAUAGAAAUCUGCAUUCUAUACCCGAAUAAUUUCGGAAGAUGGAAGUACAUAUUGAUUAAAAAUAUUAUACUAAUCAUCAUCGGAGUUUUCGCCGGCGCCUUAGGAACCGGACUGGCCAUAAACGACAUAGUCAAAGAAUUCAAUAAAGUACCCACCAACGAAACGAUGAAAUGUGAAGUUUAAACCGAGUGACAUAUCCAAUGUCAACAGUUUCAAAGACUUUUAAAUACCUACCCGCCUAUGGACAAUAAUUUUUAUCAUUUGUAAUUUUACUAUCCUAUUGUUUCGUUGAUGUAUCUACCUAUUAUCAGCCUAUAUAGCUGCCUUGUCUGUAUGUUCUUUUAAUUUUUCGCUUUUGACGGAUUGAUUAUACCUAUAUUUUUUGUCAUAUGUGGGGGCAUUGUUCGCAGAUCGUGUGUGAUUGAGAUUCGCAAUCGGGAUUUAUAGAUUGUAUAGGCAUUUAUUAGAAUAGCUAUGUAUCUUGAUCUAUAUAGCUAUCCACUUCGUGUGUGUAGUUUCUAGUAUAUGUAGUUGAUAUUGUAUUCGUUCGGCACUGUUGCUGUGUAACGUAGGCACAAAUUAAACGUUAGUUUUGCCAUCUUUCAAAAAAAAAAAAUGAUUUGAAAGUAACGUAGGUAUUUAUGUACUCGUACUUGUUAAAAUUACGAUGGGACUAAGUCCUUCAUGAAAAAAUGUUUACUUUUUGUCGGAGUUCUAUUCGAGCUAGUAAAAUCGCUAAAAAAAAAAUCAUUUCGGUUUUAUUUGAAACCUAAUUAAUUUAGCUCGUAGCAAAAACACACGCCCAAUCGAUUAAGAAUUCAUGAUUUUUAUUUUUCGCGUUCAGUUGAGACGUUCGUGUUCGUAGGCGUUGCAUUUAGCAAAGAUUCUCACUCGAUUCUGGUUAAUGAAAACUACAUUUCUCAUUAAUCGGAGAUUUAAUGCUUACUUAGGUACUUUAUUUUUAAUUUAUUAUAAAAUGAAAUCCCCUAUUCCAGAUGAUACAUAGAUAAUGAAAAACCUCUUUCUACUUAUCAUUGCAGCUCACCGGAAUUUUUGAAAUUCAAAUGAAAUGUUAACCUUUAAGUUUUUAUACCUACCUUCGUUCACAGUUCCAAAAAAUAUCCUUGAAAUGCCUCAACCCUCCUCCAAUUCAGUUUGCGUACGCGACAUUUUCUAUAUAAUCAUUCAGGGGAAAAUGCACGAUCUGCGUAGUCUUUCUCUUUACGUACUUUGCAACCAUUACGUUGCGAUUCCGAAUUUAUUUUAUGUAUAUAUCAGACAUUUUGAAAAGUUUAAUAUGUAUUACAGCAACGCGCAAAUUCUAGCUGGCUUUUUUCCACCCUAUUUUGUAUUUAUAAUAAGCUCUCUUCAGUAAUAUGUUGUUCAACUAUGAUAUCAAUUAAUUUUAAUAUGAAGAGUGUUGUUUACUCUCGUUUACCACUCUUAGUAUUUUUCCAUUGUUUUUGUUGUUGUCGUUGUUGUUGUUAUUAUUAAUAUUUUUUCAGGUGUAAAAACUAUCAACGUGUAUUAAGUAUUAUUACAAUGAAUUGGGAUUUAUUAAUUGUUUUUUGUACUGAAGUGACUUGUUGAAUCAAAAUAUAAAGUAAAAAAAGUAGUAACUAAUAAUUAAA